AUGUCUUCCUUCAGCUCGGCCGCUGGCGAUGGUGAAAGCAACCAAGGCAGUCGCAAUGCUUCCCUGUCAGCCAGCUCGCAGGCAUCGUCGACAGAUGCUCGUAGAACAUCGCGUCUUUCGAGUACGGCGGGCAUCUUUGAUCUCGACGACGAUGGGAGCAUAGACGGAGCUUCGAUUGGGAGCGGUGGCGGUAGUCGCCGAGCCAGUAAUGUGCAUGCACAUGCGCAUGCGCGCGUUUCGUCGCUUGGUAGCACAUCGAAUCGAGGAUCGGUGGCAGAGCGUGGCAGCCGCGAGCUGUUUGAUGUACAGGAAGAGGACGCCAACCUAUCGAGCGUGCCACCAGCGCCUCGGUCUGCAUCAACUUCUGGUAGCAAAGGAGGAGCUCAAAGCCAACUAAGCGUCGACACUUUUGUUUCAGCGACACAGUUCACCGAUCCGUUCAGUCCAGCGAACCGCAACGCCAACAGGCUCAGUGCCGACAGCAGCGACUACAGUCGAAGAGGCGCCCCAACCUCGUCGUCUUUCCUCGGUGACGACGACGCCUGCGAUCCAAAGUCUUCACCUUCUCCCUCCAACCUCAGUCAGUCGGCUUCCUCUUUGCUGAGUGUAGCCGCUCAAUCCAGCUCUGAGCGCAGCAACAGCUUACAUAGCAUCAUCGAGCCUCUACCUUUGUCGCCUUCCUUCUCCACGCUCUCAACCGCGGGCAAGCAUCCACGCUCAGAUCAACCGCCUUCCCCCACGCGUUCCUUGAAGCAUUCGCGCCUCGCUUCAUCAUCUAUCGCGCCUGUCUCCGUCAACGCUACCACACCAUCACCCCCAUCAUUGUCCUCCCCUCCGUCGUCCAUCGCCCGCUUCUCAUCUGCAUCGGCCUCCAGCUUGUCCCCCACCCAUCCUCCACCCUCUCAACCUCAGAACUUCUCGCGAUCCGCCUCUUCUCCUGCCGCCGCCGCCGCCGCCGCCCAUGCCACCAUCUCACCUCCACCAGCUUCGUCCUUGAGCACUCCUGCGCCACCCCCCGGCUUCUCUCUCAGUCCGCCCUCCGCCACGCUCAAAGCGCUCGUCCGUACCUCCUCCAAGAGAAUGUCGUUCGACACCGCUCCUUCCUUUUCCAGUCCGCUCGCCUUUGCCUCUAUCCUGCCCAACGACGACGAUGCCAACGACGACGAAACGCUCAACGAAGACGCCCCACCGCUUGCAUCCUCGCUUGCUUGGCCUCACGCCGACGCGCCCAAUCGUUCCAACUCGGACCCCUUAGUGGCAAUCAGCCAAACGCAUGGCUCGACAUUGUCAUCGCAAGGCUCUCAUACCAAAUCUCUCUCGUCCACGUCGCCCCAAUCAUCCUCUUGUCGCACCACCCAGCCCGCAUCCGACACGCUAGAUAACGCUUCCAACCGCAUCAGCUAUGAACACCGCCCAUCCGCGCAUAAAGACACUCCGAUCAGCGCUCUCUCGGCGGCCGACCUGGCUGGCGCUUCUCCUCUCGCACGCACUUCUCUGCGCAUCGACCGCGAGCGAUCCACUUCCAACCCCCUUCACAGAGCUGUCGCUGGUGCUUCCCGGCUGAAUCGAACAUCUUCCCGUCAUUCCUCCUUCCAGGCCACCACUCCAAUCGACGAUGACGCUUCCUCCACCAUCUCGGACGACAUCGCUAUCACUGGCUCCAGUUUGACGCGCAAAUCUUCCGUCACCAGCUCCACCGGCUCCAUGGGUCCACCCGCCAUCCCUCGUCGCAUCGGAGGGGGGGCUACAACCUCUCCUGCUCUUGACCCUCUUGAUCGUCCCGUGUCUACCAUCGCCAUGGGCAAGCGCAAGGAAGACGCUUCGCUCGGCCUCGGCAUGCCAUCCAAUCCAUCUCCCCUCUCCUCCGCUUCCUCCUCAUCCGCUCUGCCCACCUCCAGUUCCUUCCACUCGGCUUCACCUACCAUCACUUGGGACGCGCGUGGCGCUCGUAGCAACUCGGGCGUCUUUGCUCCUUCCAGCUUUACUGGCUCGGCUAGCAACACACCCACCACCACAGGCGGAGGAAGCGCCAUCCCUCAUUCCGCGCGCCGCAGGCGCAUGACCUCCUCGUCGCUUAGCUCGAGCGUUCAUCGACGCGCCCGCUCUCUCGGCGGCGUUCUGCUCGGCGAAGGUGCCAUCUCGCCCGUCGGAGGUCCAGAUGGCGUUGAUCCCAACUUGGUCGCCGCCAUCGAGUCUGGCAGUCCAAGCAUCCCACUGCCUGUUCCUAUCCCACCCACUUCCGGCUCGCAUCGUUCUAGCAGCGUCAGCUCAUCCGGCACCCAAGCUGGCGCUCCUUCCUCGCUUUCGAGCUCCGGCGUCGGCUCUUCGCUUAGCGCCCGCGCAUCCUCCCACCGCAGGCGCAACUCGCAAGUCAUCGAGGACGAUGACAUACCUCGAACUGAGCCCGCCGCUUCCACUCCUUCUCCUAGUCACCAUCGAUCGCGAGUACGCAGCCAAACGCUCGGUGUUGCUCCUUCCACCGGCGCCUCCGUCUCCGCUCACGCAACCCCCCACGACACUCCAUCCAGCUCGACAGGACCCAGUCCGUCCGCAAAAAGCGUCGUGUCCGCUGGUCUCGCCGAUGCAAUCCGCUUGCAACGCGUACCUACCGCAGUGCGCCUGGCCGGCGAUCUCUUUGUGCCGCCUUCGCCCUCGCCUCGUACCAUGCCCAAGAGCGCCUCCACUGCGACCAUCGAAUCGCCGCUCGGCAAAUGGACAGCCUCAAGCACCAACACUCAGCAACACAGCCCACUGUCCAGCCAAGGUCACGGUCUAGGUCUUGGACUCACCUCGGACGCCGCUCCCUCUUCGACGCACAACGCCCGCCUCAUCGUGCCGCAGACACCCAACGCCACCCGCAGCAACUCACCUCUGGCAUACGAGUACUCGUCUGGCGCACAAGACUCGGCUAUUUCCGGACGCACCUCGCCAGCCAUGGACCGUCUCAAAACCGACAACAUCGACAUGCCUGGUCACGACAGCAGAGGUCAGCCCCUCUCGGUCUCGAUCCCGAUUGGUCGCAAUUACGGUCCACCCGCCAGUCUGCCAACCUCGGCUAUCCUCGGCUCACGCUCACCCACUCUUGUGCCGCCUCGGUCAGACCUUCUGGAUGUGCCAAUCAGCGCACCGCGCCACGCUGGUCUACCGGCGAGUACCAACGCCUAUUCGCCUCUUCUCGCUCUCGGCUCGUCUUCGGCCCGGACCAGUCCCACCGUCGAGCGACGUCCCAAGCUCUCUACCACCCAUUCCAUGUCGCAGCGCAUGUCAUGGGGCGCGCAGGAGCUGUUUGAUAGCUUGCAAGAUUCAACUGAUGGUGCCCACGAGCAACAUGACAAGACCAAAGACAAGCUCGCACCCUGGAUAGCGUCGACGCAGGAUGCCUCCCUAAAGCCGUCUCUUGCGCCCCCUGCCGCACCACCGAGUCAAAGGAGGAUGACACACGACAAUCUCUCCAGCUCGAUCGGCUCGAGCAAUCUACUCGCCAUCCCACCACCCUCUCGACGCGUCCAUCGACCCAGUGAUGCGGCGCUCUUCACUCCCAGUAGCAUCUCACCAGCAGUUGCUCAACAGCCAUUGGACGGUACUGACGAGUACGCUCGCAUCAUUGUUCAGAGUCGCAAUGCCAAGAUGCAAAAAUGGCGAGCGCAGAAUCCGUCGCGUUUGGCGCCACAGCACCUUGGCCGUCGCAACCACUCCGCUGCCUCGGAUACGCCAUGGUCUUCGCGCGAUCGAGUCGAGCACAAUUUGCCUGAAACCGCGUCGACUUCCGGACAGACGAUCCUCGCUCGCAGAGGCACGACGAUCGGCCUACAGCGAGACUCCAGCAUACUGGGCGCGCCCGUGCCAACACGUCGAGCAUCCGCAGUCGACUCGAACGACAGCAUCGAGUCACAAUUGGAUGAGGAAGAGGAUGGCCAGCGAAGGCUUGAGUCUUCUGCUUUUGCCGAAUUCGAGUGGGUCGACUGGCUAGACGAAUACCGCAAGAUGAAGGAAGCCAAGUUGCAAUCCGAGCGUGAAGAGGCCGAGGCUCACCUAGCCGCCGGAGCAGCCACUGUAGAAGCUGAAAACGUUGCUGGUGCACUAACAGCCUUUGCCACAGAAGACCUUGAUGCCACAAACUCAGAACGGGCGGCGGACCCGGUAGCUUCCACUCCUCCCAACAGCUGCGGCAGCGAUGCUGUCGACAAUGCACGCAUCUCUGCUCUCCAAAAGCAGUCAGCUGACGGCCAGCGCUCAGUGUCAGACCCUCUCUCGCGUCAGAGGCUGCAGACAGCCGAGCCUGCCGACAAGGAGCAAGACACCAUCGACGCAGAAGAGGUCGAGGCCUCUCUCGCAGCUCUCAGCCUCAGUGGCGACAAUGACGUUUCCUCUCAUCCCACCCGUGCGCCAAAGUCGGCGCAACUCGGUCUUGCUCGACGACCAGAAACCGCCUCUCGCCCGUCGAACCGACCAGGCAUGAACCAGCAGCGCAGCUUCUCGCUGGCGAGCGCAGAGCUGUCUCGGCGUCGAUUAGGCACGGGCUCAAAUUUGGCAUCCUCUCCGGGCCCUGUCAAGGCCGGUUCCUCGCCCGUCAAGCGGCUCGGCACCGACAAGACCAAGAACCUCUCGCUCUCGCCCAUCACGAGUCGUGUGACACCCUCGGCACCCUAUACAAGUGCAACAGGACCCGACUCGGCGCAAGCACAGGCGCACGCUGCGGGACGUGGACGGCGCAAGCAUCUCGGUGGAAAGAUCGAGGCAUGGUGGAGCGCCGUCAAGUCAGGCUUCACCGCUCCGGCCGGCGAAGGCUGGGCUAAGCCGCCGACAAUAGCUUCUCCACGACACAACGAUGGCUCUUCCCGUACCGGCUCGGCAGCUGCACUCUCUCCAUCCUUGUACCAAAGCCCUUCGGCCAUCUCGGCUCGCUCGGCCGCGCUCAGCCAGAACCGCCGAGAAGGCUCUCGUCCUGCGCCCCUGGUCUCGUCGUCGAUUGUGAAUCCCACCAUCUCGACGCCGUCUCCUACCCUUGUCACGCAGGUGCAGAGCGGCUUUGGCCGACACGUACGCUCUCAAACGAGCAACACGGCAAUGAGCGGAACCGAGUCAAUCCGAACGCUGCGUCCAAGCACGUCGGCGCAUAAUCUCGGCAAAGACAAGCAAGAGGGCAACAGAGAGCAUCACAUCGAGGGCCAAGAAGCAGGCAACCGCAGCAACCGCACGUCUGUGUCACCAGCAGCAAACGCCAGCUUUGUAACAGUGCAAGAGGAUUCCACCAGCGUGGAGCCACCCAUGUCCGCAUCGUCGCAACAGAGCCAAGAGACGCAUCUCACGACGAGCAGUAGUAGUGCAAGAGAGGGCGGAAAACGACGUCACCAGCCCAAACUAUCGCUACAGCUGGAAAAGGGUCUCAGUACCUUUGACGCCGAGGAGUUUGACAAGAUCGGCAAAGGAAAAUCCAACCCGAGCUCGAAGCAGCCGAGUCCGACCAAGCCUCCUGUCUCUGCACGAUCCGAAGACAGCGCCGGCAGCGCACAGGAUGUGAGCAACUCGCUCGCCUCUCAACCUUCACAGCACGCAGCAAUUUCGCCUCGCAAAUCUUCGAUACAGCUGUCGGAAGCUUGGCAAUCCAGCCCACAGACCUCGCAAAAGCCUUUGCAGGACGACGCGGCCCACCCCAAUGUCAAUCUUGAUUCCGAAGAUGAGGGACGUGCUGUGGCCAGAGCAAAGGCUGCAUCCAAGGCCAUCACCAUCAAUUCCAUCCGCCAGCACAUUCGUCACCGUCUCCUCGCUUCGAAGGAGGGCUGUGAUCGUGAGUUGCGUCGCAUCGUUGGUGCUAUCAACAAUUACGUCGAGCUCGAGCUCGACCGACAGGAGGACCGUCACAGCAUCGGGGGCGAAGAUCGCGACGUGGAAGAGCUGGAAGAAGUGUUUGCUAACGAAUCGGAAGAUGCAGCCAACGAGGCUACGGAGCCCGAGGUCGUUGAAGAAAACCACGGCGCGCUACGGUCGAGAUCUAUCUCCAUGUCUCGCGGCGCCAGCAAUUCGUCUUCGUUCUCUGCUGGUGCUGCCGCCGCUGCAGCUGCCAUCACUGGUGCUGGUACACAUGUCCCACAACACGAAGAGCCUCACAACACUCCCGCGGCAGAAGCAUCGCACGUGCGCGCUUCGUCGGGCUCGCUGUUCACCUCGCCCACUCUUGGUGGCCCGCGCGAAGCGGCAGCAGUGCGCUCGGCACGCGAGUACAAGCUACCUGCUCCACCGCCCGUCAACCUUGCAGCCGCCACCGCCACCUCUCCUCGCACCGUCAGCACUGUUUCAGCCAACCCCUCGAAGCCAUCCAAUCUCAAUCCUCUCAGCCGCGCCCAGUCGCUAAGCCGUCCGGGUGCUCGUUCAGGAUCCAACUCGCGCUCCACGUCGCGAUCGCACUCGCCCAUGCCUGGCGUGAUAAUGCCCUCGGGCGUCUCAGCUUCGUCCGGAUCUCCUCGCCUGUCUCCAUCGCGCAGAACGCGUGCGCUGCCCGCGGGAGAACCGGGUCCCCGGCCGUGGAUGCAGCCAUUGGAAGAGCUGGUGUCGGUUGCCAUGGAGGUGCUGGAUGUCUCGAUCAAUUCGCUGAUCGUGCGCACUGGUUCGUGCUCCCAGCUCAUCUCCCGCAUCCAGAGCAUCGGCCGCUUCUGGGAUGAGCAUCCUGAAUGGGCCGGCCGCGGCUGGUUCAUCCAGAUCCUGCUCGCCGUAGCCGGACUCAGCCGUGUCGUGGAGUGGUGGGAAGCUGAGAAAGGUUUUUGGAAUUUCAACGACGAGGAGGAACAGGACGCCGAGCCUAUCCGCUUCAUUCUGGGCGGACAGGGCGGCGAUGCGCCGAGCGAGGCGGCCGAGCAGGAGUCUGGCAAAUCAUCUGGCCUCUGGGCGCCACCCUCGAUGACCAGCAGUCCCACUCGAGCACGCGCCUUGUCCGUGGUACCUGUCGACGUGUCCAGCAUCACCCGCGGCUCCACCGGCGGCACCAAUUCGCCAGCUUCAGGUUUGACGAGGCGAGAACUGGAACCGCCUCACGAAGUCGUACGAAGAAGCGCAUCGAUCUCUAGAGAUGCUGCUGAGACUGCCACUGACAAGCAGCAAGACAGCAGCGACACAGAUGCAGACGGAGACAUGACCAUUGUCGAUCGCGCUCGUCCCAUUGCACAACGCACGCUCGGCACACGUCUUGACGACUUCGAGAGUGGAGCCAUCAUGCUAGACGCUUCCGAUGCUGCGCAAGAAGCGCAGGUGGAGCAACCGGUGCAUCAUGUCGAUGCAGCUCAUGACGACGUCGAGCAAGCGUCGCAGCAGGUGGUUCAGAACUUCCAAUCUGCUGGCAUCAAUGUGCUGAUGGAGCUCAGCAUGGACGAUCAGCGUCUGCUCUACCUCAGUCCCGCCUGGAAGACGGUGCUUGGCUCGGAUCCUGCCGAGCUUUACGAUACGCCGAUCGAAAACUUGCUUGCACCUGGCGAUGGAGACGUCUUCGCCGAAGCCUCCAGACAGCUCGAGGCCAACCAGUCGCACACGGUUGAAGCUGUCUUUCGACUCCGUGUGGAAAAGACGCUUGCCAGCUCAUCGGCCUCGUCGGCCUCAUCCUCAGACAGUCAGGGCGACGUCAGCGAUGCCGUCUAUUACCAGGAGAUGGAGGGCAAGGGUAUGCUCAUGAUCGACCGACAGAGCGGCACCCCUUCGCAUUCGAUGUGGGUCUUCAAGGCGACAGGACCGCCUGAACGUGAAGAUCAGUUGCCUGGCGCUGGACGAGCAGUCGGAGCAGUGCUGGACGAACCUGCUGCGACGUUGGCCCACGUAGCCUCGAUCUCAGUCGAGCCGGUGCUGUGUCGCAUUUGCGAACGCGACAUUCCGGCCUGGUUCUUUGAGAAGCACAGCGAGAUUUGCAACGAGACUCAUCGACUGGACAUGGAGAUCGGCGAAUGCAACGAAAGUCUUCGCGAGCUGCGCAGAGCCAUCCAAGAUUUGCACAACCGCCUCGAGAACUUCACUGGCCAGAGCGCCGAGCCGCCACUCGAAUACCGUGGUGUUGCCAUCACCACGCCUCCAGCCUCGAACCAGCCGCCUUCGGCACUCGAAGGCCUCAAUCGCUCCAUCGCUCAACGUCAACCCGCACCAGCAUUCGUACGCAAGCAGCACAUGCGCGCCCUCGACGCCGCCAUCGAGGUGUUGCAAACGGCGUGCGAUAUUUCGACGCCGGCAAUCAAGGACGAGUACGCCAAUGAGCCUAUUGAGAAGCAGCGCCUCCUCUCGCCUACAUCCGAGAACAAGGUGGUUGCAGUUCAGCAAUGGCGAUGUCCCGUGCUGGACGACACUGCCUUGGACCUGCUGAUGGCAGACGUCGAAAGUGCCAUGCGAAGCAAGCUCAGCGCCGUGAACCGCAUGCUCAACACGAUUGUCUACGUCGAGACUGUACGACAAGAGUGGGAGGAGCGGGUCGAGGCUGCGCUUUCCGCUCUCUCGGAAGCCGAUGAGGGAUCGGGCAGCUCACGUGGCUCAUCUGUGUCCGAUUCCCGUUCCAAUUCCGUAUCCGGCUGCGAAGAAGAGGCAGACUUGGAGGAUGAGCAAGAAGGAGAGCUAAGCCCGGGGCUCGCAGAAACGUCGGAAGGCUCCGCACAAGUUGCAACGAGCCAGGGCAAUCUUCCACAAACAGGUACGCCGUCAAUCGCCGCAAGUGCCAUUGCGAUGCAGCGAGGAUCCAGCUCGUCCAUAGGCUUGUCAGCCGAGGGCAUUGCUACCUCGUCGUCGUUGGGUCUGUCAUCGCAUCAUGUGUCCCGUACAUCAGAGUCUCUGGUCCACCCAAGGCUCGCGCACAGCCGUCUUGCUUCCACCCUGUCGGCCAGCGCCGCCGAUGACCAGGCUCAGCUGGGGCAAGGUUCCGGAGAUAUUGAGGAAGAUGGCUUGCUCUCCGGAUCAAUGCUUCUAGAGCAAGAUGACCGAGAUCCGCCAGCUCCUCCUUCCGCAUUGUUCUCAGCUAUGAAUAUCGCAGCACCCGACGAGGACGAUAUUCCCGCUCUCGAUGACAGGAUGGGCGGCUCGUCGCAUCUAGCACCCAUUCCCAUCCCUCGGGGCAGCGCAAGUCUGGCACCACCUCGUGCGUCGACCGAGCUGCUCGCACCUCGAUCCGUUGCCAACGCCGUUCCGCUUUCCCUUUCGGCCGUCGGUCCUUCGCAGCGACGUUCCGCCAGCCGAUCGCGUCGAUCGUCGCACCUUCCUCCUGUCGCCGAUGGCUUCGGAGGCACACCACCGCUCUCGCCGCAUUUGUAUGGCGAAUCGCUGGGCAUCUCGCAUCGACACCAUCGCAAGUUUAGCGUAUCGCACAAGAGUCCCAUGGUCGGGUCCAUGCCGCUUUCGCCGAGGCUCCCACCUGCAGCACCCUCGUCGCGACCGACAGCAUCGUCGAUCAAGGACUUUGACAUUCUCAAGCCCAUUAGCAAAGGCGCUUUUGGCAGCGUCUUUCUCGCCAAGAAGCGUACGACGGGCGACUACUAUGCGAUCAAGGUGCUGAAAAAGUCAGACAUGAUUGCCAAGAACCAGAUCACCAAUGUCAAGGCGGAGCGCAUGAUCCUCAUGACGCAGAACCAGUCACCGUUUGUGGUGAAGCUCUUCUUUACAUUCCAGAGCGCCGAGUUCCUUUACCUUGUCAUGGAGUACCUUCCAGGUGGAGACUGUGCUUCGCUCUGCAAGGUGCUCGGAGGCUUGUCGGAAGAGUGGGCGCGUCAGUACAUUGCCGAAGUGGUGAUAGGACUGCAGCAUCUGCAUUCGAAAGGCGUGGUCCAUCGAGACCUUAAGCCCGACAAUCUGCUUAUCGAUCAAAAGGGACAUCUGAAGCUUACGGACUUUGGUCUCUCCAAGAUUGGUUUGCUCGGCCGUCAGACACGUCAGGCGGUGGCAGCGGCUGCUUCGUCUUCCGCCGCUGGUAGUUUCGCAGCGCAGGCCUCACGCUGGAACUCGAACAGCGAAUCGCUGCCGAGCUCGGCGGCUUCGUUUGCAUCCGAAGCGCGGCAUCCAGCCUUGUCUACGCCUGCAGCCACCACUGCUGGUGACACGGCCGCUUCCUUCUCACCCACAACGCCCGGUCUUGGCGGGAUGAUGCGUAACCAGUCGUUCUUUGCUGCUCCGCAGCGCGGCCGCAUCGUCAGUUCAUCCACCGAUGCUAGCGACUCGGGAGAGUCGGACUCUCAUCGAGGUGUUCCGAAGCCUCUUCCUUCAGCACGGAUCGACAGCCCAGGCAACCUGUUUGGUGGUCAUCCGUUGCUAAGCGACAAUCUGGGGCGCUCAUCAGGCGAAGGAGGACAGGGGGUACCCAAGCGGUUUGUUGGGACACCUGACUAUCUGGCACCUGAGAGCAUCCUCGGCAUCGGCAUGGAUGACUUUGCGGUGGAUUGGUGGGCACUGGGUGUGAUACUGUACGAGUUUUUGUACGGCGUGCCACCGUUCCAUGCCGAGACGCCUGAAAAGGUGUUUGACAACAUUUUGUCGCGACGCAUCGAUUGGGAGGAGGAUUCGGUUGAGGUGUCGCCUGAAGCGCGCGACCUGAUGGAGCGGCUGAUGUGCACGGAUCCCAAGCGGCGUCUAGGUUCAGGCGGCCCGGAAGAGAUCAAGAAUCACGCCUUCUUCAAAGGGCUUGACUGGGACAAUGUCACUGCAGAGCCGGGACCUUUUGUGCCGCAGGUCAACGAUCCUGAAUCGACUGACUACUUUGAUCUACGUGGAGCCAGCCAUCAAGACUUUGACGACGAACCGGUUCACAGCACACGCGAGUUUGCACGCGCCAUCGAAGGCAACAAGUUUGUGCAGACAGGAGUUGCACCGUCGCGAAUGCGAUCGCGGCUGGAAAAGGCAUUCGGAUCGCAAAGCUUGACGCAGAACGAGGACUUUGGCAAUUUCAGCUACAAGAACUUACCUGUGCUCAAGCAGGCCAACGACGAGGUGAUUCGCAAGAUGAGGGAGGAGCAGAUGCCGGCGUUGGCCAAGGCGCUGGAGCAGUCGGCCAUCUACACGCGCCAUCGCAGCUUUUCGGCCAAAGGCCGGCCAGCACAACGAGUGCAUUCACAGACGCUGGCGCUUGGUGGACCUCCGUCGCCUGCACAGAGCGCAUCGUCGCAGGGAUCGACGCCGUCGCGCUCGACGGCGCCCACCUCGCCGGCAGCACAGCUGGUCAGCUCGGCGCAUCGUCGUCGGCCAUCAGAGGUGCCUUUGUCGUCGAUGGCUAGUUUGUCGGUCGCGACGCCGGAUGGCGACGCCGCAGCAGCCAACGGCGGGCGAGGGUUGGCUUCUCCGUCGGCUGCGAUGCCCAUCGGGAUGGUUGACCGUCGCCGACAGCAGCUGGUGGAAGCUGCCGGUGGAGAACGGCGCAACUCGAUGCCCUCGCGGCUGCGCACGAAAUCGGCCAGUCUUGCCGAUCGUCCUCCGCUUCCGACCAACUGGCAGCAGUCGGCGCAACAAGCACAACAGGAAGCUUUGAAGAAGGCGUCUCGCUCUACGAUGAAUGCUGGUGUGGGUGGAGCGACGGGAGCGAGCACAGGAGCGAGCACGGGAGCGAGCACGGGCGCGUCGAGCUCACCGACCAACGCGUUUGCGCCGCCUAAUGCUUGUGGAGGUGGUGCGACUAGCAGCUCGGACGAAAUUGCGUGCCUGAUCGCCGAGGACAAUCCGAUUGCGCUGCGGAUGCUCGAGACGAUGCUGGUCAAGCUGGGAUGCCGAUGCACGGCGGUACGCGACGGUGCUGAAGCGGUGCGACUGGCGAUGGGCGAUCACAAGUUUGCGGUCAUGUUUAUCGAUGUGACGCUGCCGAUCGUUGGAGGAGAGGAUGUGACACGCAUGGUCAAGUCGACGCGCAACGUCAACUCGACGACACCGAUCGUUGCUCUGGCUUCGUUUGACCGUGGCGAGCCGAUCGACGCUGCGGGAUCGCUGUUUGAUGCGGUGUUGGCCAAGCCGUUGGAAAAGAUGGAUGUGUGCGCGAUCCUGUCUCAGCUCGGGUUCACACCGACGCAGGUGAGCGUCAACGUCGAGUUGUCUGCGGUGACUGCGGCUCAGCCAACGGUGGAAGGCUCAGGCAUGUCGUCUGGAUCGGCUUCUGGUACGACGAGCACGGCAGCCGAGUCACGAGCGCUGUCGAGAAAGUCGACGCUGGCACGCAAGAUGCCGUUGCAGUCGAAGAGUGGUGGAGCGAGUAUCGCUCGAGCCAGCACACCGCCGCUGGGAACGGGAGGAGCAGCGCUGAGCAUCACGGGCUCGCCUCAUCAUACGCCAUACUCGUCGUCGCCUCUGGGCAGUUUGGUGCUGACAUCACGCGAAUGUGAAGCGCCUCAGCAGCAGGUCAUGAUGAGCAGCGGUUUGGCGGCACCUCAUUCACGUACACAUUCGCAGCAGCAGCAGCAGCAGCAGCAGCAACAACAAGAACGAAAUAGCGAGCAGCGCGAUCAGGAGACGGCAGAGACGCUUAGCAAGGUUGCCGAGAGGCUAUCGCUGUCAUAG